AUGAUGGGAGGAAUGAUGCCUCCAGGAAUGAUUCACCCUGGAAUGCAACAGGGUCAGCAACCUGGAAUGCCUCCAAUGUCACAAGGUCCAACUGGCUUUCCCGGAAAUGACCAACGAUUCCAGCCUCCUGGUGGCGUUGGGGGUCCUGGUGGCCCUGGAGGUCCUGUCGGCCCCGGAGGUCCUGUCGGCCCUGGAGGUCCCGGAGGCCCUUGUGGAUUUAUGCCUCAAAAUCCACAGCAAAACAUGCAAACGCCUCCUUUAUCAUCUCCCCAGGCGCAACCCGGUCAGCUUCCUUCAUUUGAUCCUAGAAUGAACGGUCCAGGAGUCGGCCAACCUGGUUCUCAGCCUCCUGGACCAGCGACGUCAUUGCCCUCUGACUUCAUGAAUCCGCCCAGCUCCAAUCCCACUGACGACCCUCUAUCGGAAAUCACCGGAUUAGAUCCACUAUCGGAUUCAAAGACGGAGCCAAAUUUCAACAGCCAGAUGGACCUGAGCGCGAUCAUGAACUCGAUGCAAAGUGGCGCCCCAAAUCAAGAAGAAAACUCGGCAGCUCCCAAGAGCGAACCAAUGGCAUCAAAUCAAUCCGAAAUGCCUUCCAUCGCGCUGCCAAAAAGUGAGCCGAUCAAGACGGAUUCUCCGAUGGAUAUUGCCACUAGUUCUGCGGAGCCACCUAAAGCCGAGUUCCCCAAGAUGGAGCAAAUGGAAGCGAAAAUGGAACCUCAAUGA